AUGUCUUCAGAGCAAGAACAAGAAUCAAAGGAUAACUCAGAAUGUCCCAAAGUCGACGUUGACCAGAUUUUUGCUGAAAAUGGUGAUUCGCCGGAAUUGAUAUUGUUAGAAUUAUCUGAACAAGACAUGAUUAUUGCUGCCAAUAAACUACAAAAUAGCGAAAUACUCAUCGACGUCACACUCAUGUCAAGUCAAAUAGGCAACGACGCUGGUAAACACCUUGCUGAUGCUUUUCAAAAUAACAGAAAACUCAGCAAAAUUAACCUGAUGUACAAUACAAUCACGGACGAAGCGGCAAAACACCUAGCUGACGCUUUAGGAAAUAACACAACGCUCACCGAACUCGGUCUCUCUGGUAAUACAAUGAGAGAUGCAGGGAUGAAGCAUUUGAUUGACGCUUUACAAAACAAUACAACGCUCGCCACAUUCAGCUUCAGUGGCAAUGAAAUCGGUGCAGAAAAUGUUCAAUAUCUGGCUGAUACUUUACAAAAUAACACGACACUUAGCACACUCCAGCUCAGUGGUAUGGAAAUCGGAGACAAAGUGGCCCAACAUCUGUUUCAAAUUUUACGAAAUAACAAAGCACUCACUACACUUAAACUCACAAACAGUGAAUUUCAGAACGAAGGCGCUCAACAUUUGGCUGACGCUCUACGAAAUAACACUACACUUACCAGGCUCAGCUUCGUGAGCAAUACAAUUGAAGACGAAGGUGUUCAGUCUCUAACCGAUGCUUUGCGAAAUAAUACGACACUUGAAACACUGAUAAUCGGCGGUGUAGAUAUCGGCGAUAAAGCGGCUGAAGAUAUAGCUAAUAUUAUACGAAAUAACACUACACUCAGCGAACUCGAUCUCUGGAAAAACGAAAUCGAAAGCGAAGGACGAGCUCAAGACCUGGCUAAUGCUUUACGCAAUAAUACAACGCUCACAAAUUUUCACCUUCGUGCCAAUCGAAUUGGAGUCGAAGGAGCUCAGCAUGUAGUUGAUGCUUUACGAAAUAAUAAGACCCUCACCCAACUUGAUCUAUCGUAUGAUUUACUCGGAGACAAAGCGAUUCAAGGUCUAGCUGAUAUUUUACGGAAUAGCAAGACUUUAACCACGCUCGACCUCUCAUAUAAUUCGAUCGUAGCCACAGGGACUCAACAACUAGCUGACGCUUUAAGACAUAACACUGCGCUUAUUGAUCUCAAUCUCUAUGAAAAUGAAAUCGGAAGCGAAGGAGCCCAAUAUCUCGCUGAUGCAUUACGGGAAAACACAACACUCAGUCAACUCUACUUAUAUGGAUGUAAAAUCGGAAAUGAAGGGGCCCAAUAUCUUGCUGAUGCUUUACAAAAUAACACAACACUCACCGCACUCUCACUCAGCAACAAUGGAAUCGAUGAAGCCACACAACAUAUGAUGGAAACUGCGAAGAAAAACGCCAAAUUAGUGAUUGACUUUUAA